UAUGGCAGAUUUGGAGAGGAAGAUGUGGUAACCACCCUCCAACAUGACUGCCAGUGGCCCAUCCUUCUGGUUUUCAUGUCCUGUGUGGACUGCCUCACAUUAUACCAUGGGCAACUUGUGCAACUAGUAGAGUACUGAGCAGUGAUGAUGUAUGCAGCCUACAUCAUAAAAGACACAGAUUCUAUCUUGUUCUCUCUUGGAUUACACUCUGGAGGAAGCCAGUUACCACAUCAGGACAUUCCAAAUACAUAUGGCAAGAUCUAUAUAGUGUGAAACUGAGGCCUUUCCUCCACAGCCAGCACCAACUUGCCAGUGAAAGCAAAUCUCUGACCCUACUCAAGCCUUCAUUUGACUGCAAACCUGGCAUUGGCACUAUGACUUCCUGAGGAACUCUGAGUCAGAAACACCCAGAAAAACCAUUCCCUAGUUCCUGAACUAAAGAACCAUGAAGUAACAAAUGUUUAUUGUGUCAUUUCCACAAUAUAUAUGAGUAGCAGAAAGAAAAUCUCAGAUCUAAGCCACUGAAAUGUAUUGAUGGGCAUGAUUCUUGUGUUCAUGGCACCAUAGGGUAGAUUUCUAGAAGAUGCCUGAAGGCACACCAGGGAAAUAGAAGGUGUGGUCAGAAUGAGCAAAGAGGAAAGUCUGAGCUGCAUGCAUAUGAUAAAGUUGGGUUGUUCUGAGUAGAGACAACCACAGAGAAUUCAGAGAAUGGAGACUAUAUGAGAGGGAGAGGGGAGUUGUCUGGGAGGACACUUAGGUUCCCAGCAACAGUGACUGGACAGAAGAUGGGUGGCACAGAGGAGAUACAGAUUGGAGGAUCAGGCGAGUGCUGAAUUCAUUCCUAGCUGUGUUGGGUUGGAAGUGUUGGCUGUGUAUUUGAGAGCAGAGAUCCAGGUCCAACCCUGAAAUGUCUGAAAAGUUCUGCUAUUGUGAAAUGAUCUAUCCAGUUAGCUCCUGGCAAUAUAGAAGUGGGUAUAUGCUGUUUCUACAAACAACUGAAAACAGGGCUGGGUUCUGAAGAAUGCAAGUUUGAGGUAACUGGAUGUGAUGUGAGGCACGUGAAGGUAUAAAAUAAUAAUAAACAAUAUUGUUUUGCCCUUUCAGGAAGUCCUACUGGAUAAACCCCACUGGUUGUGCCUCUCUUGCCCUUCAUAUGUUCUUCUAAGUUUGUGUUCUCAACUAUGAGGCUAUUUGAAUCACCUGGAAAAUCCUAUGAGGAUUAAGUGGAAAGAUUUUAAAUUACCUGAGAAAUGGUAGAUGUUAGUCACAGUCUUCUUAGUGCUUAAAAAGUGAUCCUAGUCCCUACCUCCCCUUCCUUCUCCUACACCAAGGGGGUUCCUAUCUGUACUGUGAAACACAAUGCUUUAUUCAAAUGUAAAUUGUAACCUUUAUCUUGAAGUACUUAAGAGGCUGAAGAGCUUUCUAUCUUUCUCUUUUUGCUAUGGGAAAACAUCAAACUAUAUAAAGAAUAAUAAUAAGACCCUAAUGGAUUCAUCAUACACCUUCGCAAAGAGCAAUUCCCAACCAAUCUUAUUAACUGUAACUUACCAUUAGCCCAAAAUCUCACUCACUGAAUUACAACUAUGAGAAUUCUUACACCCAUCACAUCUCUCCACUGCCAUAGGAUAGGUCGUGCUCUCUGAAGCCAGCCCCUGCUACAUUCCUCCUAACCAAAUUCCAAAAGUAUCCUCACCAAACCUCAGGUAGUUCUCUCAACACAGUUAUUCCUAAUCUCCCAGAACUCCUUAGUAAUUAAAUUCUGCUCAGACUAAAUCCUAAACCUUCUAGCUCGCCAGACCUCCCAAGAAUCUACCUGCUCCAGAUUAUGAUUUAAGCAUUGACCCAUUAAUCCCUGAGUUCAGAGUAUUGGCCACACCUUCAGUUCCGCCCUGGUUUGAUGCCCAAUUCCAAGGACGCUUUCAGUUUCCCUAGGGUCCCUUGGCCCUUCUCCUAAGAGCUCCACCCUGAUUUGCUACUGCCCCAAGCUCCUGGCUCCAAGGAUUGGCCCUGGCGGCCGCGCCCACUCCCAUAAUGGUGUAAGACUCGCCCACCUACCCAAUGGGCUGACCCCACAACCACAGAAAACCUUAGGCCAUGGCAGGGUCGCGUAAAAUAGAGCUCACCGAAGCCCUAGCUUUAGGGUCCGAGUGGAGGCACAUGUGUUUUGCCAUACUCUACGCGCCUGACCCGCGGAUGCUUUUCGGCCGCAUCCCACUGCGGUACGCAGUGCUGAUGGAGAUGCGCUUCGAUGGACGCCUGGGCUUCCCAGGCGGCUUCGUGAACUCGCAGAAGCGUACCCUGGAGGACGGACUGAACCGAGAGCUGCUGACGAAGCUGGGCGAGGCGGCCUCCGCCUUCAGCGUGGAGCGCACAGAAUACCGCAACUCACAUGCAGAGGACACAACGCACGUUGUGGCGCACUUCUAUGCCAAGCGACUGACACUGGAGCAGCUGGAGGCUGUGGAAGCUGGAGCACCAAAAGCCAAGGACCAUGGGCUGGAGGUGCUGGGCCUGGUACGGGUGCCCCUGUACACCCUUCGGGAUGGUGUAGGAGGCCUUCCUGCCUUCCUGGAAAAUUCCUUUAUUGGUGCUGCACGGGAGGUGCUACUGGAAGCCCUCCGGGACUUGGAACUCGUGGAACCUGGCUCUGUCUUGAAUUUUAAAAGACAUUCCUUCAGGCAACCUUCUUUAAACUCGUAGAACCUGAGAAAAGAGCUUUGAUACAGGAGACAGGAAGGGAAAAGAAAAUGUUUUCUUUCUGGGCCUGAGAGAUGGUAGAUGAUACCAGAUUAAAAGGAGACAUGACAUGUCAGCUUGAUUUGGAACAAGAAAUGCCUAGUAGAAUUACAAAGCACACUUUUGGAUUGUCUGGGUGGGUCAUGGCAGUAUGACCUGGGGUACUGUGUAUUGUUCCAGGUCCCUUUUUCUCUGGUACUGUUCCUCUCCUCUGUCAUGAAGUAAGCAUCUUUGCACCCCAUGAGCUAACAGCUUUACUCCUCAUGCCUGUCCUUCAUGGCCUGUCUUGGAACCGGCUGAGCCCAGACUGAAGCCCAUGAAGCCCUCAGCACAAGCGAGCCUUUCUCAUUUAAAUUGUGGGUAUUAGGCAUUGUGUCCCAGCAAUGGAAAAGCUUGUGCACAGCAACACAUGGGCUCUCCCAAUUCUUGGUAUCAAUGGCACAAACAUCCCAGAAGCUCUAGAAGAUCCUCCAUAAGCCUCCUCUCUGUAUAAGUGACACAAUUUGACUCAUGUCCAGUUUAUCUGGGAAGUGAAAUUUGUGAGUCUUGGCCUGAUAUCAUCCCCUCCGAUAUUCUUAAUUAUAAUUUGUCAACUUGACGAGUAAAAACCACCUUGUGGGUUAGUAAUUCUGUGUAUCUGUGUGAAUGAGUGACGGGUAGACGAGAUCCACCCCGAAUGUGGGUGACACCAACUUUUAAGCUUGUGGCUUGGCCAGAAUAAAAAGAGAAAGAAUGCACAA